AUGUUCCGCUCCGCAGCUCGAGUCGUCCUCCGCGCGCCGGCUGUCCCAGUCCGUGGCCCGGCCAGCAGACGAUUGAUAAGCACUUCUCCCGUUGACAAGAAGUCGAGAAGCUGGAAGGGAGGCGUCGUGCGUCUGGGUUUGGCUGCUGGCGCAAUCUACUACUACAACACCAGCCCUGUUUUCGCGCAAGACCCGAAAUUCUCCUUCCGCUCCCAACCCCAGCCUGAUGCUGUCGCCGAAGAAUCGCUCCCGACCCUCGACUCCGUGAAGCCUAAGAUCCGUGAGCAGAAGGCUCCCGCUGCCACUCCCACCCCCACCCCCAGUAUCACGCCUGCUGCGCCUCAGCCCCCUUCCGAACCCACUCAGAUCGACCCUGCGGAACUUGAGGAACAAGCCGGCCACGAAGCUGCUUUCAAUGAGGAGACCGGCGAGAUCAACUGGGACUGCCCCUGCCUCGGCGGCAUGGCCCACGGACCUUGCGGAGAGGACUUCAAGGCCGCUUUCAGCUGCUUUGUCUUCUCCACUGAGGAGCCUAAGGGCAUUGACUGCAUUGACAAGUUCCAGGCUAUGCAAAACUGCUUCAGACAAUAUCCUGAGGUCUACGGUGCCGAGCUGGAAGACGACGAGGCCGCCGCUGAGGGUCAAGUUGCCCCCGCCGCUCCUGGCGAUGAGCAGCCCGUGAGCGCUGCUCAGAUUGAUGCUUCCUCCACCCCCGACGAGAAGCACGCCCGCGCACACGAGGUCAACGCCGAGACCAAGUCGCAGCUUGCGGAGAAGGGCGAGCUCCCCGAGAGCGACGAGCUGAUCCCCAAGUCGUGGCACGACACGGAGGCCAAGAACGAGGCCCCCGAGCAGACCAAGAAUUAA